ACCGUUGGCAUUCGAAUUUAAAGAGCCCGUUCGGUGAUGAUCUGUGUGUGAACGUUAGUUUGAACAAAAACACCGUUUAUGUAUUAAGAAAUGUCUGAACACAGAGGUUUCGAUUCGGGAAAGGAAAACCAACACCUCAACCAAAAGAAACCAACGAAACAUGUGGCCCCAAUUAAAACAGCUUUGGUGGACAUUCAUAAUGUGAAACCUGUAGAGACUGCAAAGAACAAUGGGCAACAUGAACCUAAACCAAAGACAUGGACUUUGGACGACUUCGACAUUGGCAAACCGCUGGGAAAAGGGAAAUUUGGAAAUGUGUAUCUUGCUCGUGAGAAACAGUCUAAAUUUUUAGUUGCACUGAAAGUAUUGUAUAAAACAGAAAUUAAAAACUACAAUAAUCAACAUCAAGUUAGAAGGGAAAUAGAAAUACAAAGUCAUCUCAGGCAUAAGAAUAUCUUAAAAUUAUAUGCUUACUUUCAUGAUGAAUCAAGGGUUUAUAUUAUAUUGGAAUAUGCUCCAAAUGGGAGUGUAUACAAGGCUCUUCAAAAACAACCGAAUAAAAGAUUUUCUGAAGAGAUAGCAGCGAGAUUUAUAGCACAAAUAGCAGAUGCAUUAGAUUACUGCCACUCGAAGGAUGUAAUACAUAGAGAUAUUAAACCAGAAAACUUGUUAAUUGGUACAAAAGGAGAGAUAAAGAUUGCUGACUUUGGAUGGUCAGUACACGCGCCAUCAUCCAAAAGGGAGACUCUUUGUGGCACUUUGGAUUACUUAUCGCCGGAGAUGGUACAAGGUGCCACACACAAUCACAAAGUGGACUUGUGGAGUUUAGGUGUAUUAUGUUAUGAAUUUUUAACGGGAACACCGCCUUUUGAGGACAAAGAAUUAAAUAUUACAUAUAAAAGAAUAAGUACAGCCAGUUAUACAUUCCCUGAAUAUCUGUCUGAUGGUGCUAAAGACUUAGUUUCAAAAUUGCUUGUUGUUAAUCCAAAUGACCGGUUAGAAUUAGGAGGUGUAUUGAAACAUCCAUGGAUUUUAAAGUAUGCCAAAAAGCUUGAAGCUUCAACUGAUAAGCCUGUUGCUAUGUGAUUUAACUCUGUGUUAUAUUUAUAUAAUGUUUAAUGUGGUUAGGAUUACAUUUUAUAUUUAAGAAUUAAUUGAUGUAUUGGUUGUAACAUAUUUUAUUUCAAAUUUUGUGGUUGAUGCUAUUUAUAUGACAUAAUCUGUAAUUUUUUUUAAGUCCUUGUUAAGAAGUCUUAUAAUAAAUUUAUUUAAGAAG